GGGUUGUGGAGAAGACUUUAAGGGUAUGAUCCGACUUCCAGCGCCUCCUACAAGACCAGCGAGUGUGAGGCCUUGCGGUAUUCGUUUCGUUUGGAAGAAUACGUAUCCCGGCAUUGCUUUGUGAAUUGUAUUUUUCUGCGACGAAUUAAAAUGGUGUCUUUAAAUCCUGUGAGGAUCCUCAAGCAUGAAGCUGAAGAGGAGAAGGCUGAAAUUGCCAGGUUGAGUUUGUUUGUGGGUGCCAUUGCUAUUGGAGAUUUGGUAAAAUCUACCCUUGGUCCCAAGGGUAUGGAUAAGAUCCUGGUUUCCCAUGGACAUUCUGCUGGGCAGGUUCAGGUAACCAAUGAUGGUGCCACCAUUCUAAAGAGCGUAGGAGUUGACAAUCCUGCUGCCAAGAUUCUGGUAGAUAUGUCCAAAGUUCAAGAUGAUGAAGUUGGCGAUGGUACAACUUCCGUAACUGUCUUAGCUUCUGAAUUGCUGAAAGAAGCAGAAAAAUUAAUUGAGCAAAAGAUACAUCCCCAAACUAUCAUUACUGGAUGGAGGCAAGCCACUGCAGUUGCUCGCACAGCUUUGCAUAAUACAACAGCUGAUAAUUCUGCCGAUCCUGAACGCUUCAGGGAAGAUCUGUUGAACAUCGCUAGGACUACACUCAGUUCUAAGAUCCUCUCACAGCACAAAGAGCAUUUCAGCAAGCUUGCUGUCGAUGCUGUCUUGCGUUUAAAGGGCUCUGGAAACUUGUCAGCUAUUCAGAUAAUUAAGAAACGAGGUGCUACUUUAGCAGAUUCUUUCCUGGACGAAGGAUUUUUAUUAGAUAAGAAACCAGGAGUUCAUCAACCACAGAGAAUCACUGAUGCUCGCAUUCUUAUUGCUAACACUCCCAUGGACACUGAUAAAAUUAAGGUAUUCGGGUCAAGAGUUCGCGUAGACUCAAUGGCGAAAGUCGCUGAAUUGGAAACAGCUGAGAAAGAAAAAAUGAAGGAUAAGGUGGACAAGAUUAUAAAACACAACUGCAAUGUAUUUAUCAACAGGCAGCUGAUCUACAACUACCCCGAACAACUAUUCGCAGACGCAGGAAUUAUGGCGAUCGAACAUGCCGACUUUGACGGAAUUGAGCGACUUGCCCUUGUUACCGGGGGUGAAAUCGUCAGCACGUUUGAACAUCCCGAGAUGGUCAAAUUGGGAAAAUGUGAUGUGAUCGAACAGAUCAUGAUCGGCGAAGAUACGCUCUUACGUUUCUCAGGUGUACCUCUCGGAGAAGCUUGCACCGUCAUUAUCCGCGGAGCUACUCAACAGAUUCUAGACGAAGCCGAACGAUCUCUGCACGACGCACUUUGCGUAUUGGCAGCCACCGUACGCGAAUCACGCAUUGUCUACGGAGGUGGUUGUAGCGAGAUGGCAAUGGCUGGUGCCGUUAUGAAAGCUGCAGCCGCUACUCCCGGCAAGGAAGCUGUUGCCAUGGAAGCUUUCGCCAGAGCUCUUCAACAGUUACCCACUGUCAUCGCCGAUAACGCUGGAUACGAUUCCGCACAGUUGGUGAGCGAACUAAGAGCUGCUCACAAUUCUGGUUCCACCACUGCUGGUCUAGAUAUGGAUGCGGGUAAAGUAGGCUGCAUGAAGAAGUUGGGCAUCACGGAAUCUUGGGCCGUCAAGAGGCAGGUACUUCUCAGUGCAGCUGAAGCCGCUGAAAUGAUUCUUCGCGUAGACGAUAUUCUACGUGCUGCACCUAGGAAGCGAGUAACGGACCGUGGACGCUGUUAAUUCUUAAAUUUCCAUUAUUUACUUCCAUCAAAUUCGUUUCCGUUUAUCCAGCUUCUCAUUCAUACUAUUGCACCGACUUCGAUGGAACGCGUUUGGAAUUAUAUAUAUAUUUCUUAUUGUACGCCUAGUAUUUGACAGAUUAUUUCAUCCGCGUUUUAACGUUCUAUUUGAAACAAGUAAUGUGACAGAACGUUAAUUAAAUAAGCACGCAUUCUUGUGGUUAGCAUUUUUUAUAACAAUACAAUAGCAUUACUAUUAAUAAAUAAAUGCCUCAACCAAUGUCA